AUGUCAGAAACACUGCAACCACCAGCAGCUGUCACAAAGCAACUCGCCCACUGGAUCUCUUCCACCACGAGCGCCGACAUCCCAUCCGAGAAUCUCACACGGGUCAAACAUCUCAUCCUCGACGGCAUCGCCUGCGCCAUCGUCGCCGCCCACCUCCCCUGGUCCACCACCGCAACCCGCGCCAUCACCAGCGCCGAGCCCUCCGGCCCCUGCACCGUCAUCGGCUGGCAGGAUCACACGCUGGGGCCGCUGGCCGCAUGUCUCCUCAACAGCACCUUCAUUCAAGGCUUCGAACUAGAUGACUACCACUCUCGCGCCCCACUCCACAGUAAUUCCCUUCUGAUCCCCGCCCUGCUCGCUGCAAUCGAAUCCCCCCUGUCGACAGGCCAGACCAUCACCGGCCGGGAUUUCCUGCGUGCCUACGCCGUCGGCCUCGAAGUCGGGCCGCGCGUUGGUCUCGCCCUGCACGGCAACGACCUGUUGACCCGGGGUUGGCACUCGGGCGCGGUUCAGGGGCCCAGCGCCGCUGCAGCCGCAGUCUCCAAUCUGCUUGGUCUGAACGCGCAGCGGACCGAGUGGGCCUUGGGCAUCGCGUGCACACAGGCAGGCGGCCUGAUGAGCGCGCAGUUCGGCAGCGAUGCGAAGCGGAUGCAGCACGGAUUCGCGGCGCGCAACGGGCUGCUGGGCGUGAUAUUGGCGAAAGAGGGGUACACGGGCAUCGAAGACGUGUACGAGCGCGACUACGGCGGGUUCCUGAGCUGCUUUGGUCAAGGAAUGGUGGAGGGACGAGACCAGCCUUUUGUCGCCCACGAGCUGGUCAAAGGUCUCGGCGAGGUCUGGGAGAUCGAGGGCGUGCGCGUCAAGCUGCACGCCGCGAUGGCGGGCCUGCACUCGACCAUCGACUGCAUCGAAGACCUGCAGAAACGCCACCCCGAGCACUUCGCCGAUGGUGGCAAGCUCGACCAGAUCGACCAGAUCGUCACCGCGCACGGCGACGCCAUGUACCACCACGGCGGCUGGAUCGCGCCCGAGCACGAGCCCCUGUCCUCGACGGCCGCGCAGAUGUCGAUCCAGUACGCCGCGGCCGCGCAGCUGCUGGACCGCGAGGUCCUCAUGGACCAGUACGGCGCCGACAAGCUGAACCGCCCGGCCAUCCGGCAGUUGAUGAAGAAGGUGAAGCCCACGCACACCACCGAGUUCGACAAGGAUCCCACCAAGGUGUUCGCCACGCACGCCACCGUGCGCUUCAGAGACGGCUCGACGGUGGAGACGGAGGUGGCGGCGCCGAGGGGCCAGCAGCCGCCGGUCAGCAAUGAGGAGAUCGUGGAUAAGUGGCGGCGGCUGGUGCGCGACGUGCUGGACGAGGAGCGCAGAGCGCAGAUCGAGCAGGUGGUCUUAGACCUGGAGGAGGCGGCGGAUUUGCGCCCGUUGUUGGCCCUGUUGAGGGGGGAUGUGCGGUGUCCGAUUAGGGUUGAGGGGACGGAUGGUUGA